GCUAGUUAUUCUUCGCGGUGGGUUUGCCAUCCCUAUUGUUUGGAUAAUAAACGCAAAAAUUACCAUGAAUACUGACGAGCGAAACUUCAGGUCCAUCUACUAUGAAAAAUGCCAAAUAAACAGCGUCGAGGAACAAAAGUCGCUGAACAAACUACUACAGGAUGACAUCCGCAACCUGAGCAAGCUGAAGCAGUUCUGCAUGAACUACACAGUGCCGAACAACAAUAGGAGCUAUCUGUGGGCCCUGGUCAUGGGCAUUCUCCCGCUCCACAAAGCGUCCACGGCGUACGUACGCGACCAGAGACGCGAAAUGUACGAGGAUCUGAGGCGAGCGGUAACCGUGCUCCGGCUUAACGACAAUAAGCAGAAGGACCCCUUCAUGUGGCUGAUAGACCAUAAGAAGAAGGCGCAGGUCAUGCACACCAUGUGGCUGAUAGAGUCCAAUCGACUGUGGCAUGGCAAUACUAGUGCCAGUCUCCAGGCGGACGACAUGCACUUCAUAGAGAUUGUGCGCACAUUGCUGCAAAUAUUCGACGACAACGUGGAAACCUACUGGAUAGCAAAGGGAUUCUACAAGUACACUCGCGAACUGAAGAAGGAGUGCGUCAAGCUGAAGGAGCAAACGCAGAAUAUGCUGAAGCGCGAAGAUUUGUCCUUGCUCAAUCACCUGGAGCUUCUGGGCCUGUUUGAUGGCAACUCAACGCUACUGGAUAACUGGUACAUAACCUGCUUUGCUGGAAUAAUUUGUACAACUCAUUUGGUCAAGAUAUGGGACAAAGUCUGUGGAGGGUCCCGGAAGAUUGUUGUUUUCCUGUUUGUAGAACUAGUUAAAGACAUAAGGUCAUCGAUACUAAAGCAAACAUCUUUAGCAGACGUCAAAAGACUUAUAGAAACGGUAAAGGAUCUCGACGGUGUUAUUAUCGUAAACAAGGCCAUCAAAUCGCUACAAAACAACAGCAGCGAAGUCGAGUACACGCACUAAGUAAAUCUACACUUUUAUAUUGGACAUGUAAAUAGCUGAAUGAACUAAAUGUAUUUGAAGACCACGUCCUUUUUAUCGCCCACCGUCUGCAGUUCCAGGGUCACGGGACACUGCAUCCAAUAGGAGAGCAGCUCCUCCGUGUAACCAAUAAGGAAGUACAUUUUUCGCGGGGUGAUCGCCUGCCGAAUAAGGGCCGCAAUCCUAAUAGUGUUGUGCUGCCGCUUGAUGAUGAUCUCGGAGCAGACGAGGGCAUGCCAUGUGCCGGUGACAAACUUGCGGAUGAACACAUCCUCUAUGGCGGUCUGGGACGGACGCAGGGCAUCCUUUAUUGUUGCUAAGAUAGAGGGGUGCCAUCAAAAUGCUUCCUUAAUAAACUUUUCUUACAACUUA